AAACUUUGGUGGUUAUACAAAAAAAAUCCCAAAUGCUAAAAAAGAAUCCUAACUUUUAAAAGCCCUUUUCCAUUCUUCCUUCUUGCCCCUCUUUGCUUAUGGCCACUACCAGCAGCUUAUGUUCAUUACCUGCUCAAUCCCCAACUCUCCCAUCCAUUUCUCUCUCCUCACUUCCAUCGCUCAAAACCCAUCUUCCCCAACAACCCCAUUUCCCCUUUCCCCCUUUCUCCACCAAAUUAGGACCCAACAUUAUCAGCAAUGACACAUUAACCCUUCCUCCGCCGCCGGAAGCGGCUGUUCUAGCGGUAGAAGCGGCGGGAGAACAUGUUCUGGUGGAGGCCAAAGGGUUUUCUGAAGAUUGGAGCAGCAAAAAUGUUGAGAAAAUGGAGGAGAGUUGUGUGGGUGAUGGGACUGUAGCUUGGAAGAAAAAGAGAAGGAAAAGGAGGAAAGAGGUAGGGGUGAAAGCUGAAGAAAAUUGGAUUGCCUUGUCCAGUGGCCCCUUGAGACCUGGAUAUUUGAGCCCAAAAGAAGAAGCAGAGCUUUGUCUUUGUCUAAAGGAGGCAGUACUGCUUGAAAACGUGAAAACUAGAAUCAUGGAAACUCAAGAGCAUGAACCUACAAAUAAGCAAUUGGCCAUUGCAAUGGGCACCAAAUCAGGGUGUAUAGAUAGAAUUCUUUGUAGAGCAAGAGAAUCAAGAGAUCGACUCAUUCGAUGCUAUAGCAAACUGGUGAUUUCAAUUGCUGCUCCAUAUCAAGGCAAAGGAUUAAGCCUUCAAGACCUCACUCAGGAAGGGAACAUUGGUCUUCUUAAAGGAGCAGAAAGAUUUGAACCAAAUAGAGGACAUAAGUUAUCAACUUAUGCUUAUUGGUGGAUAAGACAAGCUAUCAUUCGAGCCUUGGAUAAAAAGUCAAGACUUGUUAGACUGCCGGGUCACAUGGGUCAGAUGGUAGCAAGAAUAGCAGAAGAGAAUAAUCAUCUUGGCAUAAAGUUAUCGAGACCUCCCACCAACAAGGAAGUUGCUGAAUCUCUUAAAGUCCAUCUUUCAACCAUAAGACUAGUAAUGGAAAGGAGCAAGCGCCCAAUUUCAAUCAAUCAACCAGUAAAUGACCGAAGUUGCUUAACUCUGCAGGAGAUCAUGCCUGGACCAGACAAUUUGACACCAGAGAAUAUGGUAAUGAGAAAACUGAUGAAACAAGAACUGAAGAGGCUUCUUAAUACUCUUAGCAAAAGAGAAGCACGCAUAUUGAGCUUAUACUUUGGCCUCAAUGGAGAGAUUCCUCAGUCCUUUGAGGAGAUAGGCAAGUCAUUGAAUCUCUCUCGAGAGACAAUUCGACAAACCAAUAUUGCCACAUUGUCAAAACUAAAGAAGACCGACGUUCUAGACUAUCUUAAAGAUUAUCUAGUGUAGAUAUUUCAAGCUAUGAUAAAAAGUUACAAGUAAAGAUUUGAUUGGAUAGACUAUUGAAGGAUGUUGAAGAGUAUUAAUUGUAUGCAUCAAGAUUUAAAUCUAUCUUUGGUACAUCAAAGGAGUUAUAUGGGCUGCAAACAGUUGAAACGGAUUUGAUCGAUAUAUGUAGAAGAUCGAUCGAGUAACUGGUCUUUUGUUUGCUGGUGUAAAUAAGAAAUAAGAAACCAAAUCAAUUGAUGUUUACUUGAUGUAUUGCCUUGUUUUGUAAAAUUAAACAUGUUGACUUAAAAGUUUAUGAUACAAUUGAUAGUUGCUUGUAGA